AUGCCGGUCUCCUCACCCUACGCCUCGGUGGACAUCCCUGAUGUGGAUCUUUGGACAUUCCUGUUUGAACGCAAAGACAGACAGUUUCCUGACAAUAAGAUCAUCUACCAUGAUGCCGACACGAAGCGCCAUUACACCUACCAGAAUUUGAAGGAUGCGGCACUCGCUUUUGGACAAGGUCUCAAGAGCAUAUACAAUUGGCAAAAGGGAGAUGUCCUCGCUUUAUACACCCCCAACAGCAUCGACACUCCGGUUGUCAUGUGGGGUACUCACUGGGCUGGGGGUGUUGUCUCGCCCGCAAACCCGGCAUACACAGUCCACGAGCUUGCCUUUCAGCUGAAGAACGGUGGUGCUACUGUGCUAGUGACUCAGCUUCCUCACCUCGAGGCCGCCAAAGCAGCGGCCAAGCAGGCAGGGAUCCCCGAGUCUCGCAUCCUCCUCAUCGGCGAUGAGCUGGACCCCGAAGGCAAAAUCAAACACUUUACCUCUAUCCGGCCUACCACGGGUGCCUCCUACCAACAGACAAUGGUCAACCCGGAGAAAGAUCUGGCGUUCCUAGUCUACUCUUCGGGAACCACUGGUAUGCCUAAGGGUGUCAUGUUGUCGCAUAGGAACAUUGUCGCCAAUUCUUUGCAGCUAGCCGCUUCAGAGGGCGGAGAAUUAACCUGGAACGGCGGUGCGGAUGGAAAAGGAGAUAGGAUCCUUGCUUUCCUUCCAUUCUUCCAUAUCUAUGGCUUGACCUGCCUUGUCCAUCAGACCUUGUACCAAGGGUAUGAACUGUAUGUCAUGCAGAAGUUCGACCUUGAGAAAUGGUGCUCCUACGUGCAGAACUAUCGCAUCACCUUCAGCUACGUCGUGCCUCCCAUCGUGCUAUUGCUCAGCAAGCACCCAGUCGUCGACAAGUAUGAUCUAUCAAGCCUACGAAUGAUGAAUUCAGGCGCAGCACCCCUCACAAGGGAGCUCGUGGAGGCCGUAUACGCACGUAUCAAAGUCGGAGUCAAGCAAGGCUACGGUCUCAGCGAGACCAGUCCUACAACCCACAGCCAGCCAUGGGCGGAAUGGCGCACCAGCAUCGGGUCUGUGGGCAAGAUGGUUCCAAACAUGGAAGCAAAAUACAUGACUGUGCCAGAAGACAACUCGGAGCCGCGCGAGGUGGCUAUUGGCGAAGUGGGCGAGCUCUACCUCCGCGGCCCAAAUAUCUUCUGCGGGUACCACGCCAAUCCGACUGCCACGGCGGAGAGUCUCUCUUCCGAUGGCUGGUUCCGCACCGGAGACGUAGGCUACCAGGAUAAAGAUAUGAACUUCUAUAUCACGGACCGCGUCAAGGAACUUAUCAAGUAUAAGGGCUUCCAAGUUGCUCCCGCGGAACUGGAGGGUAUCCUUAUCGAUAAUAAGGCUAUUGACGAUGUCGCUGUUAUUGGAAUUGACAGUGAGGCUCAUGGAACGGAGGUGCCUGUCGCCUAUGUGGUACGAAGUGCUAAAAGCAAGACAUCUGGUUUGAGUGACCAGCAGGAGGCUGCUAAUAUCAUCAAAUGGCUGGACGACAAGUUUGCAUAUCACAAAAAGCUACGUGGAGGUGUGCGGUUUGUUGAUGUGAUUCCCAAGAGUGCUGCUGGUAAGAUCUUGCGACGGGUACUGAAGAACCAGGCGAAGGAAGAGACAGCAGCUCCGAAGGCCAAGCUGUAA